CAGAUAAAGCAACGUGUCUGUGUCUGUGUGUUGGAAUUAAGAACUGGUUUAAAUCGUAAUGGGCAGUUCCCUUAAGAGAAAACGAUACAUUUUAUGUGCGCUGUCAAAAUCGACUCUGGGGUUGAGACUCGUCAGGGAACACGGAGGGUUUAGGACCCGGAUGAAACGCCUGCCCUGUCAAGAGGCGGAAAUGGAACCUCUCGGAAAAUAACAGCAACAAGUUAAGCGGGGUCGAAGAGUAGAGCGGGUACUCAGUAUUAAAAUCGACACUGAGUUUUAGUUCAGUGCUCACAAAAUAACAACCGGAAUCACUGACCGAUCGAUGCUUGCUCGGAUCUCUCGGUUCAGCUGCACCACAAACGCUGAGAUCCUCCCACGCACGAUUGCGGUAGCCUAACUUAAUCGCUGUGUACUUUGGGUUUUCUGGAGAGAGAAAACAAUACAAACGUGUGGUCUUUCAUUAUUAGUGUCGAUCGUUUUUGAGUGAUCGCCAAAAUCGACUUUUUAAAAAACAUUUUUUUUUUUUUUUUUUUUUUUUUACAAGCGGGUUUUAAAACGUAGCCGUUUGGGAUAUGUGAUGUUGGACAAAGAAAAAACACUUUGAUAAACAAGAAAAAUGCAGAGAAAAAAGGAAGUGAUCUCAGAGCGAGUUUAAUUUCCUGUUCUUAAGUUAGACAGUCUGCUUUUUAUAUUUCGUUUGGACAUUAUUACUGUACGUAUAGAAUAGAACUAAUACUAGAAUGAAUAUUUAUCUGUGUUCUUUCUCGUCUUGCGAUUGCAACUCGAACGACUAGGUGAGUUUGUUUCUGCGCUGUUGUCUUGUGGUUUAUACAAAUAGCGCAGCAAUUCGAUGCAGUCCAACAUGGAAACUUAAAAAGAAAACUUGCAGAAACUUGCAAAAACGUUGUCAAGAGAAAGAUCUUAGGAGAAGAUUGUUUUGGUGUGCCUAACCUUGGGGAGAUAUGCAGCUAGCCGUAGUCUUCGAGCAAAUAUAUAAAAAUGCCUGUACAGAAUUAGUGUAACAUUUCUGAUAAUGGCGAAGGGCUGCAUCAGGACAGAUGUGUCAUUUUAAGCUGCUUAUGUUCACUGCAGAGCUGAAUCAAGCUUAAAACCUGCGUUUAAAGCUGGUCACUCAAUUACAGGAAAUCCAUGUAUUAUAAAUUCUAACAUGAAGUACUACGUAUAUUAUAUGUGACCCGUUUUGAGAGAACCCAGAAAAAGCAGUAGGAAAGGAUCCACUCCGAUCAAUGAUAAAAAAGAUGAAAUAUUGAGUCUCGCUUUUUAAACUGGACUGUAGGUGUGUAAUACUGCGAUGGACUCUUCGGUCACUCUCUGGCAGUUCCUGGUGCAGCUCCUGCUUGACCCCCGCAAGGAGCAUCUGAUCCGCUGGACCUCGGAUGACGGCGAGUUCAAGCUGCUGCAGGCCGAGGAAGUGGCCAGGCUCUGGGGGGUGCGCAAGAACAAGCCCAGCAUGAACUACGACAAGCUGAGCCGAGCACUGCGCUACUACUACGACAAGGAUAUCAUCAAGAAGGUGAAUGGUCAGAAGUUUGUGUACCGCUUUGUGAGGUACCCAGAGAUACUGAGCCAAGAACCAAGUUCAGGGUGCAGGGGGGAGGGCACUGCUGACGGGGGUGGUGGAGCCCCUGAGACGGGCGAGGCCCCCAGGGAUAAGGAGAACCAGAGCGGGGGGGAGAGGGGAGCAGCGGGCCAGGCCUCCAGCAAAACCUCCAGCCGAAACGACUACAUCCACUCGGGGCUGUACACCUCCUUCACCCUGAACUCUCUGCACGCCCACACGCAGCUCUUCAAAUCCAUCAAGGUGGAGAAUCCCAAAGAAAAGCUAGCUGCGAAGAAACCGCCGCAGGAGCCCCCCCAGUCUGUCAUCAAGUUUGGUACCGCCCCUUCCUGGAAUAUUCCCGUAGUUACAUUGGAGAUGAUUCCAAAAGCCCUGCCCCCUGUUCCACAGGCUCCUCCCCUUGCAGUUAGGACAGAAGCACAAGAGCCUCAUGUUAAACGCCGGACAGACAAUAAAUGUGUGAAAGAGGCACCUCCUUCUUCUCCUCCUCCCACUGUGCCAAGCGUAUCCUCUCCCUUCCCCAGCCCCACCCCUGGCUCCUCAAGCUCUCCCUCCCCCAGUCUGGUUCCAGACUCCUCCCAGGAGCUGGUGAUUGACGACACUGAUGUCAAGUCCGUAUCCUCCCAGCCUCCAGAGCUGCAGGUGCAGCCAUCCCAGGACACCCAGGGAUCCCCCUCGGGGAGCAGCAGCAGUGGCAGCAACCACAGCGGCAAAGCCAAGAAGCCCAAGGGUCUGGAGCUGACCCCCACCCUAGUGGUGACCAGCAGUGAACCCAGCCCGCUGAGCCUGGCCAGCCCCUCGCUCCCCACCGCCUCUCUCACCCCUGCCUUCCUGCAGACCCCCACGUUGCUGUUGACUCCAAGCCCUUUGCUCUCCAAUAUACACUUCUGGAGCACGCUCAGUCCAGUGGCGCCCCUCAGUCCUGCCAGAAGGCAAGGAGCACACACCUUAUUUCAGUUCCCCAGUGUUUUCAACAGCCACCUGCCGUUACCUAUCCCCAAUAUGGAUGGCUCCAACACCCCCGGCCCCCUGUCCCCAGACCCCCAGAGGACAUAGUGGACAAGCCCACGAAUCAAGUCCGCACUCUGUCCCGCCCACGGCUCUAUCCACGGCUGGUCCAGAUUUUAAACAGAAAAAGCCAACUGCGGAUUCACCAAAGGGGUAUGGCCACCAUACAAGGUGACCAAAAAAAACCCUGCCAAACAAACACUCUUGGUUAUCAGCAUGUCUUACAGAAAGGGUCUGUGGAGAUCUUUGAACUAAGCGCUGUUCUGUUUUUAAACAUGUUGACUUGCUUGACCAUCAUUCUGUUAUGCAUGAUCUCCUAACCGCAUCUUAAAAGAGACCUUCAACACAUCAUGAACAUUGCAGUUUGAGUAAGUUCUGUGUAGUUAUACAGUAACAUGUAUGUACACUUGUCCAAGACUGUAGGCAUUAUCCAAAGAACCCAGCUUCCAAGGAUGCCAUGCUUUCAGAACCUCUCAGCUCACAAACCUACAAGUGAUCUUUUGUAACUGACAAAUAGGAGACAUCUAUUAUGAACUGACUUAACCCAUACAAGACUUGUACAGUACCAGGAGAAGCUCUGAUCCUUCCAGUCUCUCAGGCCGUUCGUAUAGCUGAGUUCAGCUUGCCCCCCAUCUCCUCCAGGGCUCCAACCAAAGAACCUUGGAGAUGCCGCAAUUGGAUCGAGCACAGGGGAGUCUCUGCCCCCUGCAGGAGUAGUUCCUAAGGUUUUUAAAUGAAUCAAAAUCAAUUUUCCUACCCUCAAUGAGCUGCGGCACAUGGAGAAGCGUAGUCUAUGUGGUGUAUCUGGAGUGGCUUUUCAAAGUGAGGAAGCAAUAAGAUGCACAGAGGACAGUGAAACCGGUGCAGAUGCUCAUGAAAGUUGGGGAAUUGUGGCUGGUUUCACAAAGCCAUUGUAGGUAGCAGCCGACUAAAUCCGAACCAGCAGCCUGCUAAGUACUAGCAGUGGCCCUUUGGAUUUUAAAACCUUAGAUUCACCUUUCAGUCCAGAAGGACAUAAGAGAUGGUGAUCCUGCAGAAACUGGUGGGUCUUGAGUUUUGGUCUCCUAGUCCUGGGGUAGGGAUGGAGACGAUAGGAUAUUUGAUUCUCUAUGAACUACUCACAUCAAGUGUGAAGAUCCCAGUUGUUUGCCCAGUGGAGCAUGCUUUUGGUCUUGGGCUGCUGUCUUAAGCACCAGUAGGACAGUCAAUAUAUAGACUUGAUUGUUGACUUCCCUGUUAUGAAUCUCAAGGAACUACAAAUGCUCUGCAGAUUGUCCAUGGGUUCUGGUGGAGCCAAGCUUAACUUCAUGUCUUAUGUUUUAUAUUUUAUAGGAAAUCCGAUCAUCAUCUGUCUUCAUGAAUACAUUCUUCUUUUUUCAUUAUAUAUUUUUUUCUUUUUCUAGGCUUUUAGUCAAUACGCAUUGGUGUAGGCAAUGUAAUUUCAAGUAGCACAGAUUUUUUUUUUAUUAUUAUUUUUUUCCUAGUUAACUGGUUUUCCUUUGUGGUAAGCUGUGGUUACAGUGACCACGCUGCAUUUUUUAUUUUCUUGUUUUGUCAUUCCAUUCCUUGCUGCCUCAUUUACAUGUCUUUGGGGCAAAAAUCUGGUUGCUUCACAAAGCCCAAAACUGGAAUCCCUUGUUGCACAUUUGCACUCUCUCGUGCUGUGCUGUGUCAUGUAACACGCAUGAGCAGCAGUUCUGCCCAGGUUGUAAAACCUUCUUUUGACAGGAGUGGGACAGUUAACAGUCCGACUACGCCACCCUUGUUAAAGAGGGUGAAAAAAUGUGUAAUAUUGUACAUUAAAAAUAUAUAUUUUUAGGAUACUUUCAUAAGUUUCAGCUCUGCAGUGCUCAUGGAAACUGGUUCAAGGAAUUUAAAUUUUAACUGCGUCGUUUAUUAAUGUUGCCAUGUCUUUUUUGCACCUGCAUUUGAUUUGGUUUAACCAGGGCUGGGGUCGAUUCCUGUUUUUCAGUUCCAAUUCUAUUUCAUUAUUCCUUUGUAAAAUCAGUUCCCUUUUAAUCAAUUCCAACACGUUAUUGAUCAAAAUUGCAAUUAGCAGCAUUCUGUUAAAAUGAGCUUCUCACAGUGGCAACGAAUGACUUCAAUCAAAGUCACUGUUGGCCAAUUAAAUUAGCUUCAAAUGCAGGCAUUUGAACAAUCACAUCUCUAAAAUAUCAAUUCCAAUUCCUUUGAUGGAAUUGGAACUGGAACUGGAACUGGAAUUGAUUUUAAAAAGGAAUUGGAAUUGAAUAAGCAAGUAUUGAGCCCAACCCUGGCUGCAGCUUGUUGGCACUUACAUGAUCCCUAAAAACAUACUGCAGGCAUUGCAGUACAGUUUCCUAAAUGUCAUUGCAUUGCUGUUUUCUAAUAUGUGAUUUUUGUUUUAGCUUAUCUGUUUUUGUUCUUCUCUGUGUUUAAAUGGUAAUUUGUAUAUCUUUUUAGACGUGUGUGUGCGUUCUCAAACAUGCAGUGUUGAGUAAAUCUGCACAAAAAGUUUAUAAGUACCUUCGCUGUUUGUUGUCAAACACACUUUCCCUUGACAAAGGCAUGUUCAACAAACCCAAACUUUGAGAAGGAUAUUUCCCCUUUUGUUUUGAUCUAAAUAGCUCAGCAGGCCCAGGCUUCAAUUUGAGAUUGCGUAGAUAACAUUGCUGCAGUAGCAUGACCCUGUCAGGUCUGUACACUGUACUCUAGUGUUUGCAUGACUACGUUUGUUUUUGAAUGAAUUCCAGUUAACCUUGUUACCCAGCUGAUAGUGCAACCCUUUGGAAACUACACUUCCCAUAUUACCUUGCAGCCUUUUAGGAAGUGACACCUGCUAGCCUUUUACUAUUUCUGUACCGUUUUUAGCAUCAUUUUCACUUCUUUUUACAAUCCUUGUGCAGUAGAGGUUUUCAUUUCUAAUGCACGUUACAGAACGGUCAGAGAGUGAGUCACAGCCAAUCAAACAUUUCUAGAAGCUAUGUUAUUUAUUCCACCCUGCUAGGGAUGCAAAUCCCAGGCAAAUAACGAAGGCAUCGGCAUGAUUGCAAACACUUUUUAGAGUUUUAUAUGUACAUCUAUCUGUAGAACCUUGGGUAUGUUGGAACUUGGGUAGGAUAUUGUUUAGCUCAGUGUUAUUGCGAGGAUGAGCAUCAGUAUGUAUGUACUUGGACAUACUCUUGAGUACUGUAUUUGUAUUAGGGUUGCCAUUUAAAAUGCACGCCAAUGCAGUAUCUGCUUGUGCUCUACAAUGAUUGGGAGAGAAGUGAAAAUGGUGUUGGAGCUAACGAAGGGUGGGGAGUUUUUAAAUGUUAAAGGCUGUACUGCAGCAGAACCGUGCUGCAAAUUCUCCUACAUAACAAGAUUUGGAUUAUUGUUAUUAUUAUUCAGCAUAUAUUGGUCUGUCUGAACUCUUUAGUUUGUACUUCGUGGUUAAAAAAUAAAGAAUAUAUUUUGCAUAUAAAACUGACAAAAAUAACUAAAUGCUUGUAUACAUUAUUCUUCUGCAAUGAUCCAUAUUGUUUUAUUUGUUUUAUGCUUUUGAAAUGUUUACACAAAUGUAUUUUGGCUAUGUUCAGUACAUGGUUUAUGGGGACAUGUUUAAUUUUAACAAGGGUAAACAGGAAUUAAAAUUGUAUUAUUGCAACAACCAGAAUUUGUUCUGUUUGUUUCUUUUAAUAAGUUAACUAGUA